AUGGAGCUGCGGUCAGGCCUGGGUGCGGGGACCCCCGCCCGGCGCACCGUCCCAGCGGGGGGCGCGCCCGUGCCGGCGUCCGGCCUGGGCCGCUGCGGGAUGGCGCUGCUUCUGGCCGCGGCGCUGCUGACCGGCGUGUUCGCGCAGCUGCAGGGGCGCGGCCGCGACUUCGGCGACCUGCUCGUCUACUCGGGCUUCCUGACUCUGGGCUGGGUCCUCUGGUAGGGCAACAUCGCGAUCUCGCGCCGGGAGCUCGAGCGCGACUACGGCCUGCGGCCCUCGGCUCGCGCCCGCCUCGCGGGAAAGCUCUCCCGCCGCUCGUCGGCUUCCUCCUCCGUCGGCCGGCGCGGCGCGCCUGGCUCCCGGGGAUCGGGCCGAGCCGCCCGCGCGCCCGCGCCGCCCUCCGCCGGCUCCCGCCGCGCGCGCCUGCGCCCCGCCCCGGCCUGGGGCGGCGGGCGCACAUGGCCCCACCUGUCAGGGCCCCGACUGGCGGAGGUGUGCAGCUGUCCCCAGCGUCAUCUGGCCGGAUGCCUACCUGCCCUCCCUCUAUCCCCUGGAUAAACAACUCAGCCUCACAGAAAAAAAAAAAAAAAAAAGAGGUAGAAGCUACUAUGAAUAACGUAAAUAAGCCACAGGGGUACAUUGUAUCUAAUCUGUUCCCUUUGCUUAGCUAUAAACGGCCACUCCAGCAGUGAAAAACCUGGCUCCCUUUAUUUGUCACCUAUUUAUAGACUUGUUCCACCCCAUUGUACUUGCUCAGCAGUAUCAGAUUUUCACCCUACUUCCAUGGGAAACAACCUCAUGAACUAUGCGGCAUUCUUCUGUGCAGUUUCUUUGCCUUUAUUGUUAACAGACUAUACUUGUUUCCAAAGUUACACAGGUCAGCAUUUCCCCCCACAUUUACUUCAGUGCAAUAGUUUAAUACAUUUGUAAUAUAAUUAGAUUGUUUUUGCCACAGUCUGCAUUCUUUCCUGGGAUCCCCUGACCUCUUUAUAUAUAUAUAUAUAUAUAUAUAUAAAUUUUCACAUAUCAAGAUUCACUCUGUUGUGUUAAGUUCUGUGGGUUUUGAGAAACACAAGUCCUGCUUCCAGUGCUGCAGUAACAUACAGAAUGUUUUCACUACCUUAAAAGUCCUCUAUGCAUCACCAGUUCAUCUCUCCUUCAAACCCCCAGACAGCCGGAAACUGCAAAUCAUUUCAGUGUCUUUAAAGCUUUGUCUUUUCCAGAAUGUCAAAUAAUUGGAAUUACAGAAUUUGUACCCUUUUUCUCCUGGCUUCUUUCACUUAGCAGUAUACACUUAAGUUUCCUUCGUGUCUUUUCAUGGCUUGAUAACUUACUGCUUUUUAAUAACUAAAUUACUUUAAUUGCUAACUUGCAUUACAUGGAUUUACAGUUUAUCUAUUCAGCUCUUGAACAGCAUAUGUUGGUAGCUUCGCGUUUUGGGUGAUUAUGAAUAAAACUGCUAUGAACGUUAGCAUGCAUGUUUUUGUGUGAGCAUAAUUUUUCAAAGCAAUUGAGAAAAUAUCACACGAUGCAUUUUCUGGAUUAUAUGGCAAGACUACGUUUAACUUUGUAAGAGCCUGCCAACCUGUCUUCCAAUAUGGUUCUACCAUUUUGUAAUCCCACCAGCAAUGAAUAAGAGUUCUUAUUCUACAUCCUUGCCAGGAUGUGGCAUUGUUAGUUUUUGGAAUUUUAAUCUUUUAAAUAGGUCUGUAUUAGUAUCUUGUACUUGUUUUAAUGUGAAAUUCCCUGAAAAGAAAUGAUGAAAUGAAUUUUAUAUGCUUAUUUUCCAUCUACAUAUCCUUAUUGGUGAAGGUGUCUGUCAAAUAAUUUGCCCAUUUUUAUUUGAGUUAUUUGCUUUCUUACUGUUGUGUUUUUAUUUAUUUCUUGUAUAUUUUGGAUAAAGAUUCUUUUUCAUAUGUCUUUUGUGCAUAUUUUUUCUCCCAAUCCAUUACUAUCAAUUCGUUCUUUUAACAAUGUCUUUCAUGGA